CUUUUGCUUGUUGCCUUGUUUGUUGGUGUUACUGUUUUUUAUGUUGUGAAACCACAAUGCGAACUGAUUGAUCGAUUUCCACGUUUUACAUUAAAUUUUCUUGUGUAAGCAAUUGUAUAACAGCAGUUCAAACACAAUUAAAAUGAUGGAUGACGCGAUGGAGAUGUCCUUAGAUGACAUCAUAAAACAGAGCCAAAUUGGCAAAACGAACCAAGGGAAAAAUCGGAACUUUAACCAGGGUGGAAAUAAACCCUAUAACCAAGGGGGAAACAAGAAUUUUAACCAAGGAGGGAACCAAAAUAAUAACCCGACAAGAAACUACAAUAAUCAAAAUGGAAAUAACCGGAAUUUUAACCACGGCAAUAGAAACGGUCAGAUGAACCAUGGUGGAAAUCAAAACCACAAUGGUAUGAACCGGAAUAACCAGGGUGGUAUGAACCGGAAUAACCAGGGUGGCAUGAACCAAGGCAACCGUAACUGGAAUCAGGGGAACAUAAACCGGGGACGGUCUCAGUCACGGGCAAGAUCACGCAGCCGCUCGAGAUCCAGAUCUCGCUUCUCUCGCGAGGGUUCCCAACCACGCUCGCAGCGCUCUCAGUCCCGCGCGCGCUCUAGAUCUCGCCGGGGCUCGAGAUCUCGAUCUCGCUCGCGCUCGAGGUCUACGUUCACGCCGCGAGGUCGCGCCGGGCUGGAUGAGCCCGUUAGCGGCAUUCCUGACUUAGUGCGUGUUGGGAAUUAUUCAGGUGGAUUCCAGAACCGAAACAACCGACAAAACUACAACUAUAGACAAAACUCACACUCAAACUACGACUCUGACUUGACCGUGAGCAUAGGCAACAAUUUCGCUCAGCGACGCAACGGGAACUACCUGAACAAAAAGUCGCUUAACCAGCUCAACAACCAAUAUAACCAAGGUUACAAAAAAGGACCAGGCUCCGUCGGAUCCAAUAGAUCCAACUACUCAAAUAGAUCCAAUCGCUCAAAUAAAUCGUUCAACAACUCAAAUAAAUCGUUCAACAACUCAAAUAAGCCGUUCAACAACUCAAAUAAGUCGUUCAACAACUCAAAUAAGUCGCUCAACUCCGAUAAAUCGUUCGGAAAUCAACAAAAACAGCCGUUUGCGAAGCAAAUGUUGAAUCCGGAGCUUCAGAAAGAAAUAGCAUCUAUUCAGAAAAAGAUUCCGGGGACUAUAGUUAUUCCCAGCGGAGUAAAUUUUGCUCCGACACCGGCAACUACAUUAAUGACGUUACAUGAGAGAUUUGGAUCAUAA